AUGGCAAGCGAGUUCCGUGUGGGUGAGGUGAAGGGGGAGGUGAGUGAGGUGAAGGGGGAGGUGAGUGAGGUGAAGGGGGAGGUGAGUGAGGUGAAGGGGGAGGUGAGUGAGGUGAAGGGGGAGGUGAGUGAGGUGAAGGGGGAGGUGAGUGAGGUGAAGGGGGAGGUGAGUGAGGUGAAGGAAGAGUUGGGUGAGGUGCAGCGGGAGGUGAGUGAGGUGAGAGGGGAGGUGAGUGAGGUGAAGGGGGAGGUGGGUGAGGUGAGGUGGGAUGUGGCCGCACUGAAGAAGGAGAUGGGUGAGGUGAAAGGGAAGCUGGGAGAGGUGAAGGGGGAGGUGGGUGUAAAGGGGGAGGCGGGUAAUGUGGAGGGGGAGGUACGAGGGGUGAAGGGGGAGCUGGGAGGAAGCGGAAUCUGGCUGCACUGA